AAUAAAAAAUAAAAAAUAAAAAUCCAGUCUUUAAGUUCGGAUACAAAGUGCCAGUUUUUAUUAGUCAGAAUCUUCACUCGUGGAGUGUUAUUGUUUCUAGUUUGUGUUUGUUCUUUUUUAAUUUUGAUUUUUUUUAAGUCGUACUGCCGAAAAAAUUAUCCCAUUUUCUGGAUAUUUUAGAUAUAUAACAGCGGCUGGCAAAUGGGUUUGGAUUAAAAUUCUUAAAUUUGCUCUAGAAAUGGUUUUCUUGAAUUUUUGAGUGCUUUUUCGAUGGAUCUCGAAGGUGGGACUUUCCGAAAUCAAAUAAAGAAAGAAUCUUGGAGAACAAUACUUACAUUAGCCUACCAGAGCUUAGGAGUUGUGUAUGGGGAUUUGAGUACCUCACCAUUGUAUGUAUAUCAAGUUACAUUUUCUGAGGACAUUGUUCACUCUGAGACCAAUGAAGAAAUCUAUGGGGUCUUAUCACUUGUGUUCUGGACAUUAACUUUGCUGCCCCUUUUGAAAUAUGUGUUUAUUGUGUUGAGAGCUGAUGAUAAUGGUGAAGGAGGCACAUUUGCUCUGUAUUCACUCUUAUGUAGACAUGCCAAAGUGAAUUUGUUGCCCAGCAGCCAAUCGGCUGAUGAGGAUUUGUCGAAUUACAAAAAGGAUGUCACGAGCCCCGAGCCCUCGAUUUUCGGGGCAAGAUUGAAAUCUAUUUUGGAGAAAUACAGUGUUUUGCAAAGGUUAUUGCUUUUGUUAGCUCUGCUUGGGGCUUGUAUGGUGAUUGGGGAUGGUAUAUUGACCCCUGCAAUUUCAGUUUUUUCUGCUGUUUCUGGUGUGGAAUUAGCUGCAGAGAAAGAACAUCAUAAGUAUAUAGAAGUGCCAGUGGCUUGCUUGAUACUGAUUGCCUUAUUUGCCCUUCAGCAUUACGGGACCCACAGGGUCGGGUUCUUGUUCGCGCCAGUUGUCAUAAUGUGGCUCGUUUGCAUUUCUUCGAUUGGCGUUUAUAAUAUUCUACAUUGGAACCCUCACGUGUAUAAAGCUCUAUCACCAUAUUACAUCUAUAGAUUUCUCAAGAAAACCGAACGAGAAGGUUGGAUGUCAUUAGGAGGAAUUUUGCUGUGUAUAACAGGCAAGCGAAAACACUUUACUCUUUUUUUUAUAGCCUUCACGUCUUUUGUUUAUCCAUCGCUAGUCCUCGCUUAUAUGGGCCAAGCUGCUUACCUUUCUCAGCAUCACGAUUUUCAGAAAAGCUAUCGAGUCGGGUUUUAUAUCUCUGUACCCGAGAAAUUGAGAUGGCCCGUUUUGGUAAUCGCGGUUCUUGCUGCGGUUAUCGGUAGCCAAGCCAUUAUCACGGGAACUUUUUCCAUCAUAAAGCAAUGCUCGGCUCUGGGUUGUUUCCCUAGGGUCAAAAUCGUCCACACGUCCUCAAAAAUCCACGGGCAGAUUUACAUACCCGAAAUCAACUGGAUUUUGAUGGUCCUAUGCUUAGCUGUCACGUUCGGUUUUCGAGACACGAGGCGCAUGGGCAAUGCCUCGGGUCUCGCGGUUAUUACGGUCAUGCUCGUCACGACGUGCUUGAUGUCGCUCGUGAUGGUGCUUUGCUGGCGCCGGACAGUGCUCGCAGCGCUCGCGUUCGUCGCAUUUUUCGGGGCGAUCGAGGCGUUGUAUUUCGCGGCCUCGUUUGUCAAGUUUCUCGAGGGGGCGUGGGUCCCAAUCGCACUCUCGUUCGUGUUCGUGACGGUGAUGCUCGUGUGGCACUAUGGGACGGUCAAAGCGUACGAGUUUGACCUUCAGAACAAAGUCUCGGUCGAUUGGCUACUCGGCUUGGGACCCGAUUUGGGCAUCGUGCGGGUCCCGGGCAUCGGGCUUAUCCACACCGAGCUCGUCUCGGGAGUACCGGCGAUUUUUAGCCAUUUCGUCACCAAUCUCCCGGCCUUCCACCAGGUCCUCAUCUUCGUGUGCGUGAAAUCCGUCCCGGUCCCACACGUCGGGCCCGAGGAGCGGUUCCUCGUGGGCCAAAUCGGGCCCAAGGAUUUCCGCAUCUAUCGAUGCAUUGUUCGGUAUGGCUACCGAGACGCCCACAAGGACGACCCACGGUUCGAAAAUGACCUCGUCAGUAGCGUAGCCGAGUUCAUACGGGCCGGGCCGGUAACGGGACGGGCCCAUAACGGGCCGUGCGAGGGCAUGGUUGUUGUCGGGUCGCCCUCGACCCGCCCGUCGAGUAGGGUUCAAUUGGGCCCGUCGGGCCUCGGUGAGAUUGGGCCCAAAAGGCCCAUAAUGGGUAGGAAGAGGGUUCGGUUUGUUGUUCCCGAGGGCCCGGAAAUCGAGGGUGGGGCCCGGGAGGAGUUUCGGGAGCUGAUGCAAGCGAGGGAGGCUGGGGUGGCGUAUAUUAUGGGGCACUCGUACGUACGGGCGAAAAACGGGUCGGGUUUUCUGAAGAAAAUGGUGAUAAAUUUCGGGUAUGGGUUUUUGAGGAGGAACUGUAGGGCGCCUAGUUAUGUGUUGAGUGUGCCUCAUGCCUCAACUUUGGAAGUGGGUAUGGUGUAUUAUAUAUGA